AUGUUGAUCACUUUUCUGUUGUUGAUAUUUGUGGUUACAAAAGGGAUGAAAUGGUGUAGAUAUGGUAAUGUAAUUCGCUGUGUUAUAGAAGAAGAAAACAAUUAUACAUCUUGCAAUAAUUUAGCAACAAACAAUAGCAUAACAUAUGAUAAAUUCGACACAUCGAUCACAACAUUUCAUUGCGAAAUUAGAACCAAUUUGGUUCUUGAAAAUCCUCCCCGAAAUUUAACUUCGAUGCUAUUUUCACCAUCAAACUCGACUUUUUUAUUUACACUCAUCGCCCCAACGCAAACACAAACAAAAGUAGUUUUAACAACAUCUACAGUAAAUUGUGACGUCACCUGUUCUACGUGUAAUGGGCCGACUUCAUCCGAUUGUUUGACGUGUUAUAAAUACGGAAAGAUGACUCAAACUCCUCCAAACAGAUGUGAAUAUUGUCUUCAUUGUGACAACGGCUGUACCCAAUACAGUGGAGGAGGGUUUUAUUGUCGUUUAUGCGACAAAGGGUAUCAUUUAAGUGUUGAUGGUGUUUGUGAAUUACAUGUAAAUAGAGGAGAUACAAACAAUCAAACAAUGAAGGGUGUGAUAUGUCCUGAAGGUCAAUAUGUAGACGUUAACAAUGUCUGUCAAGAUUGUUAUUACGACUGUAAAACGUGUAAUUCGAGUACUAAGUGCCUCAAAUGCAAAGAGUCCAAUAAAGCAUUAAUUAAUGGAAUCUGUUAUUAUUGUCCCAGUGCAUGCGCAACGUGUUAUGGAAGAAACAAUGGAGAAUGUACUUCUUGUACAAGUGGUUAUUAUUUAAAGGACGAUUACUGUAAAGAAUGUACAUCAAAUUGCUCAUAUGGAUGCAAUAAAGUGGGUAAUGUAUGUACUGAAUGUUUAACAGGAUCAUUUGUCAAUGAAACUGGGUCAUGCAUUUCAUGUACUGAGAUAUCAAAUUGUGAUGCAGAAGGAUGUCAAAAUGGACAAACAAAAUACUGUGAGAAUUGUAUCAAUGGGUUUGAAUCUGUUAAAGGUGUCUGUGUCUGUCCAAAUGAAACGUUUCAAUACUCACAAAAUAAGUGUAAAUGGUGCACUUAUGGAUGCAACACAUGUACUGGUGAAAAUGCAAAUCAAUGCACUUCUUGUUUAAAUAAAUAUUUUUUGGCUAACAAUUCGUGCAUUAAAUGCAAUAAAAAUUGUGUUUCUGGAUGUGAUGAUGGUGUCACAAAAUGCAAGACAUGCUCCAUUGGAUAUUACGUUUUAAAUGGUGUUUGUGUGUCAUGCACAACAAUUCAAAAUUGUGAUACUAAAGGAUGUGACACUGGCGAUACUCCAUAUUGCAAUAUUUGUGCCAAUGGAUUUGUGGCUACCAAAGGCAUUUGUGUAUGUCCAGAAGGGCAUUAUAUAAACAGUCAAAAUGUCUGUCGAUUGUGUUACGAAGACGAAAACAACUGUAAAACUUGUGGAAUACAGUCAAAUAACACAAUGAAGUGUACACAGUGUUAUUCGCCUUUUGUUUUAACAUCUUCUGGUCAUUGUCAAAACUGUCAAAGUUAUGAAUUUUUUAAUAAAACGACUUUAAAGUGUGCUUUUAAUGAUGAAAAUUGUAAAUCUAACAUUAAAGAGGAUGUUUGUAUAGGUUGUAGUGAUAUGGCAUUUUUAAGUGAAAAUAAGUGUUUAACUCCAAGUGGAGAGUGUUCUUUGGUUUCUUUAUCAAAUUGUGAAAUGUGCAACAACGGAGUGACAGUUGGUACGCUGUGUUCAAAAACAGUUGAGAGUUGUAAAUAUUACAAAGAAACAAAAGACAACAUCAAGUGUUUGCAAUGUAACGACAGCGCUUUUUUCGAUAUAAAAACUACAAAAUGUAAUAUAUUAGUUAACAAUGUGACAUAUAGAAAUAAUCACAUGUAUAAAUGUGGUGUUAAUGAAUAUAAAAAUGAAGAAGACAGUUGUCUAAGUUGCGGAGAAUUUAAUUCGAAAAAGUGUUAUCAUAUGAGUAAUAAAACAAUUCAAAUCUUAUCAUGUCAAGAAGGGUAUAUUUAUGACUAUAACAACAAUAUAUGUGAAGCACCAGUAAAUUGUAAAUUGAAAGCGGGAAAUGACUGUUUGAGUUGUACUGAAUUUAAUAUGAAUAUGACAACCAAUAAAUGUCAUUUAUGCGAAUUAGUUGACCACUGUAUUAUAUAUAAAAAUGAUUGUACUUGUUAUAAUUGUUCGAGUGGAUAUCUUCUUGACAAAAAUCAAUGUAUUUCAAUAGAGAAAUUACACUGUGAAAUAUCAAAUGAGUUUAAUUGUGUGAAAUGUGUCAAUGGAUAUAUAAGAAACACUUUAAAUGAUAUAAAUAAUUUAAAUGAAGAAAAUACUGCAUAUUGCCAACAACAAAAAAAUAAUAUUAAAUAUUCUAAGUACGACUUAAAAGGAGAAAUUAACAUUUUUGAAUGUAUUAAAAAUUAUUUCUUAUUUAACCAGACAUGUGAAGAACAAUUAGCACAAAAUUCAGUGUUAAAAACAAAUGAAAAUUUAGAGUGUAGAAUUCAAUCAAGUAAAGGAUGUAUAUCAUGUCAAGAAGGAUAUUUUAACGACCACAACUCCUGUUUUAAAUGCGAAAAUAACUGUCAAACUUGUUCGAACAAAACACACUGUUUGACAUGUGAUCGAUCAAAUAAUAUGCUUUUGACUUCAGAACAUACAUGUGAGGAAUCUACUUUAAGUCUGAAGUGUUUACAGCCGAUGGCAGGUAACGUUGGAUGUGCCAUAUGUCGUGAUGGCUAUUAUUAUAAAGACAAAGAUUGUAUCAAAUGUGACAAGUCUUGUUCCACCUGUAAAAACGGCAUUUCUUGUUUAAAGUGUUCACUCAAUUAUUUCUAUGAUAUAGAAGAGAAUUUAUUAUGUAAUAGUUAUGAUUCUCUAAUACAAUGCAAAGAAAAAACACAAGAGGGGUGUGUUCAAUGCAACGAGGGGUAUUAUAUAAAGACGCCUUAUUGUGAAAAGUGUCCUCAAAACUGCACUUCUUGUGUGUCGUCUACUCAAUGUGUGACUUGUAUAGAAAAUUAUGUGAUGAUCAAUAAUAAAUGUUUAUAUCAUUCAACUAUAGAAUUCUGUAUUAAAUCUAAAAAUAACAUUUGCACGAAAUGUAAUCAGAACCAUCGACCCAGUGAUGAUGGAAUGAUGUGUCUUGUUGAUUAUUUCGUUAUUAUUGGAGUUCCGAUUAUAGUAACAACAAUAGUUAUUUUUAUUAUAAUUAUAGUAAUUGUUGUACUGAUCUACUUCCUUCAAAAAAGACGCAAAGAAAUAGAAAAGAGAGAUGUUUGCGUAUUUAAAAUGAAUAAAUCGAAUUUAAUUUUCCAUUCAAUAACAAAGGAAUUGUGUUCGAAUAAAAAGGUGAUGGUCUUUGAAGGAAAAGAUGAGAGCUGUGAAAUUGAAGUGAACAAGGAGAGUCGUGAAUUAAUAUGUUUGGGGAACACCACAUCGCAUCGCUUGAAAAUUCAAAUGAAAGUGAAAGAGGGAAACGAUGUCUAUGAAAUUCGAAGUGAACCUCCUCUGAUAUCUUUAAAGCCGCACUUCGCCUGUGAAUUUGAAAUCUUUUUGAAACCAAAUUUUUCAACAAAAAUCGAAGAUACCAUUGCUUGUGUCACACUUGAUCUUGUAGAAGGCACACAGAAAGUCGUUUACAUCAAUAUCAAAGCAACAACUAAGAUGUCCACUCGACUUGAUUAUCACGAAUUAAGAGAAGAAAAGAAAAUAGGUGAAGGUUCCUUUGGAAUAGUUUACAAAGGCUUUUACAGGGAGAAUUGUGUUGUGAUAAAAAUGAUGAAAAAUUCGACUCAGAUAGAAAGGGGGGUGAGUGAAUUUGAGAAGGAAAUUGAAAUGUUAGACAAAUUUAGAUGUGAGUAUAUCAUCUAUUUUUAUGGAGCAGUGGUGAUACCAAAUAAGAUGUGUAUGGUCACUGAAUUUGCACAAUUUGGGUCGCUACAGAACUUUAUAUAUUCGCAUAAGAGUAAUUCAAAUACAAUUAAUAUGAAAAUGAAAAUAAAGUUGAUGUUAGAUGCUUCAAAGGGAAUUUUGUAUUUACAUGAAAAUGGGAUCUUACACAGAGACAUUAAACCAGACAACAUUCUCGUGUUUUCACUCGAUACUAUUGACAAAGUAAAUGCAAAAUUAACUGAUUUUGGCAGUUCAAGAAAUAUUAAUUUACUGAUGACUAACAUGACAUUCACUAAGGGAAUUGGAACUCCUGUGUAUAUGGCGCCCGAAGUCUUAAAUCAAGAAAAAUAUAAAAAAUCGGCUGAUGUGUAUUCAUUUGGAGUGACUUUAUAUGAAGCUUUCAGUAUGAGUGAGGCUUUUCCAAUCGAACAAUUCCCAUUUCCUUGGAAAAUUGCGGAGUUUGUAACUGCAGGAAACCGACUCAAAAAGACGGACAUUAUAACUACAAAUGAAUAUGAACUAAUUACACGAUGUUGGGCACAUAACCAAAAUGAUAGACCAACUAUUAAUGAAGUUGUUGACGACAUCACUACGUUAUUUGCGUCUUAUUAA